AUGCUGAGUGAGGUUCGGCUGCGGGCUGCGGCUGGGGUGGCCAAGGCGCUGAACUACAUGCACCAAGGCGGUGCGGCCCAGCGGUGCUUCCACCGCGACGUGAAGUCCGGAAACAUUUGCCUCACCGGCGCCCUGAGGGCAAAGCUCAUCGAUUGCGGCCUCGCGAAGUACGCCCCCGAGGAGGUGGACGCGCACAGCUCCAGCCUGGGGAGAUUCGGCACCGCCGCAUACAUGUGCCCCAGGUACGCAAUUCAAGGUGGCUACAAUGUGAAGUCUGAGACCUACUCCUUCGGCAUCGUCCUCCUGGAGCUUCUCACUGGCAAGCUGCAGCUGGCUCCCACGCACCUUGUGGAAACCUUCAUCGAGGAUGCCGAAGAUGGAGACUUGCGUGCAGCGAUGGAUCCGCACGCCGGAUGGCCAGCCCCGGUCUUCGACGAGGUGGCAGCCGUGGCAGCGGAUGCGCUGCAGAGCAGCCUCAAAAAGCGCUGCACCCUGCAGCCCGUGCUCCAGGUCCUGGCCAGGCUGGAGCGCGAGCACGCGGGCAUCGUCUUUGAGGAGGAGCAGCUCGAGCGUUUCCGGCAGCAGCGGGAGGAGCACCAGCGCGAGCAGGACGUGCGGGAGGCCCAGCAGCGUGAGCAGCGCAGGCAAUGCCAGGUCUGCUUCGAGGACUUUGAUACCGCGGAGGGCAUCUGCUGCCCAGCCGACCACUUCCUCUGUGCCGACUGCCUGGCUGGGCACACGCAAGCAGAGGUGCACGACGAGAACCUGGAGCGCUUCCGCCGUCGCCACGGCGUGCAGUGCCCGGCACUGAACUGCGGGCACAUCUACGCCAACGGGCCGCUGGCGCGGCACGUGCCCGAAGCCACCUUCGCCCUUUACCUCCAGGCUCGAGAGCGUUUGGUUGAGGCGGCAGCCACGGAGGCCGCCGAGCGGGACAUGGCCCGGCGUCUGGCGGCCGAGCGCGCCGAGGGGCGGCUCGGCCAGGCGCGGCGCUACGUGCAGGAGGAGAUUCUGACGCUGCGCUGCCCACGCUGCCAACAGGCCUUCGUGGACUUCGACGGCUGCUGCGCGCUAACGUGCAGCCGCGCGGGCUGCGGCUGUGGCUUCUGUGGUUUCUGCCUACAGGACUGCGGCCGGAAUGCCCAUGCCCAUGUGCGGCGAUGCGGGCUCAACCCACGGCAGGACUAUUUCGUUUCCGAGGAGCAGUUCAGAGAGAUUCAGAAGUGCCGCCGGACCCGUCUGGUGCAGGCUUACCUUGCGGAGCUGGAGCCCGAGACCCGAGAGCGCUUGCUCCGAGAUCUGGCCCGCGAUUUCGCCGAUUUGAACAUUCACCUGUAG